AUGGGGACUGUUUCUGACAGCUGUCCCAGCUUGGUUGAGAUACCGAGUUUCUGUCAUCAGCUCCUCCUCUGCGAGGAUGCUUUUAGGCAGGAGCCACUGGCGGCCGCCAGGGCUGAGGCGCCCUCUGUCUGUCGAUCCGUGGUGCCUCACCCUGAGGGCUGUGUGUCUGUGAAUUCAUUUUCGGAGUCAACAAGUAGCCAGAAUUGUAAGAGGGCUACAGCCUCCACCUCUUCCGCGCAGAGAUCUGGCCUACGCAGGGCGCACGGAGCUGGGCAUGGGGCUGGCGGGUCCGGCGAGGAGUGGACGCUGGGUCUUGCUUUUGCGGCUCCCUGGCGUGGGGCCGCUAAGUCAGGCCCGUUCGGGCCCGGAGUGUCCCUCCUCGACCCCAGGCAGCCCAGGGUCGGGCCCGGCGCGCGCUCGCUUCCCCGGAGGGUGGCCGUGGCCCUGGCGUGCGGGACCUGUUUUGGCCCUGCGCUCCAGCUGCUACCGGGACAAUCCACGCCAGCUCAGGCGCGCCUGGAAUCAGUGACCUUCGAGGAUGUGGCCAUCUUCUUCUCCGAGAAUGAAUGGACCAGCCUGGCCCCUGCUCAGAGGGCCCUGUACAGGGAGGUGAUGCUGGAGAACUAUGCAGCUGUGGCUUCCCUCGCAUUUCCAUUUCCCAAACCAGCUCUGAUUUUCCUGCUGGAGCGAGGGGAAGCACCCUGGAGCUCAGCCCCAGAGGGACCUCUGGAUGGAGAGGGCCCCAGGGGCAUCUCCUCAGAGGGUGUAUUGAAGAAUGGGAAAGGAGGAUACCGAAGGAGGGACGUUUUUGAGAAGGUACAGGACACAAUGGUGCUAUCAAGUGGACCCCAGUGGUGUGGCUCCCAGAAAUUCUGGUUUGGAAAGACCUGUGAAGAGAGGAAAAGCAGGUUAGGGAGGUGGCCUGACUACCCCACUAGGGGAAGUGUGGGGAACACCACACGUGGCAUUCUGGAAGAGUUUGUCAAAGAUGAGAUGAUGGUAGUAGAAGAGUGUUCAGAGGAUGCUGAUAUUCACACCCGCCUUGCACAUCCGAAGAGCCUAAUGGAGCAGGUAUUCUGUCUCUGUAAAGAAUGUGGUCAGUGUUUUGAUCAGAACGAAGACUUUGAUCAACAUCAAAGAAUUCAUAAUGGAGAGAAAGUCUAUGAAUGCAAGGAAUGUGGGAAGACUUUCAGUUUUAGGUCACGUUGCAUCGUACAUCAGAGGAUUCAUACAGGAGUGAAACCAUAUGUGUGUCAAGAAUGUGCUAAAGCCUUCGUUUGGAAGUCAAACUUGAUUCGGCACCAGAGAAUUCAUACGGGAGAGAAACGCUUUGAAUGUAAGGAAUGUGGGAAGCGCUUUAGUCAGAAUGUAAGCCUUACACAACAUCAGCGAAUCCACACUGGGGAGAAACCAUAUACAUGUAAGAAAUGUGGGAAGGGUUUUACUCGGAAACCAGUCCUUCUUCGACAUCAAGGAAUCCACACUGGGGAGAAGCCUUAUGAAUGUAAGGACUGUGGGAAAGGCUUCAUGCGGAAUUCUGAUCUUGCUCAGCACCAAUGGGUCCACACUGGAGAGAGGCCUCAUGGAUGUAUUGACUGUGGGAAAAGCUUCAUUUGCAAGGCACACCUUACUCGUCACCAGAGAGUCCACACUGGGGAAAGACCCUAUAAAUGUAAUGACUGUGGGAAGGCCUUCAGUCAGAAUUCUGUUUUGAUUACUCACCAGAGGCGCCAUGCUAGAGAGAAAAACCCUACACUGUCAGACCUCUCACCCAUGACCAUUAGCGAAAGCAUAAUGAUGAUACUUGCUUAUAAUUCUUAUGCUACAGGAGCCCCAGCCACAAAAUGAGAUGACUGUCACCCACUUUGCUGUAAGUGUAAUAGCCAGUAUUGCCCCUUUUUCCUGAAUGGAUACUGUGCAUUCCAGUGAGACUAGUCUCCCUGUUCAACCCCUCUUCAUACUAGGCAACAUUUACUUUGUGUCCAGGCACUGUGCUAACCGUUUUACAUACAUUCAAUAACUUUUCUUAACCCUAUAAGAAGGGUACUCUUUUUGCCU